CCGGGCUUUAAAUUUAGUGUACCCCAAUAUGCACCUUUAGAGCAUAACAGAACUAGAAAGAGAAGAAAGAAAAUCACGAAGAUUCGUUCAAACCCAAACCAAAUUUACAUGGAUCCCUUCAACUUUCACUCUCCAAAUUCCGAUUUUUCAUCGGAAUCCUCCUUCGGGUCGCCGGAGUCCUUUUAUGGCUUCAGCCAAAAUUCCUUACCUUUCAAUGAAAAUGAUUCAGAGGAAAUGCUUCUUUAUGGUCUAAUAUCAGAGGCUACCCAAGAAACAUCAAAAAUAGAUUAUUCAAAUAGAAACCUCAAAGAAGAAGAGGUUAGUUCAAUAGUGAAAGAAAGUCCCAAGAAAGAAAAAUCAUAUAGAGGUGUUAGGAGGCGGCCGUGGGGUAAAUUCGCGGCGGAGAUAAGGGAUUCAACAAGGCAUGGAAUAAGGGUAUGGUUAGGGACAUUUGAUAGUGCAGAGGCAGCUGCUCUGGCUUAUGAUCAAGCUGCUUUUUCGAUGCGAGGACCCAAUGCUAUACUUAAUUUUCCAGCUGAAAGAGUUAAGGAAUCACUCGAGGAAAUGAAGUACAGUGAUGAAGAUGGUUGCUCACCUGUAGUUGCUCUUAAAAGAAAGCAUUCUAUGAGGAGGAAAAUGAUGAGCAGAACAAGCAAGAAAGAAAGGGAUGUGAGGAGGAUAGAUAAUGUGGUGGUUUUGGAAGAUUUAGGUGCUGAUUAUUUGGAACAACUUCUUAUUUCAUCUGAUCACAAUCAGAAUGCUAAUAGUAAUAGGCCUUGGUGAACUAAAUUAUGUACUUGGUCAUCAGGUUCACAAACCUUCUUCUUUUUAUUUCCUUUUUUUUUUUUGGGAGUUCUUUUUAUUUUUCUCCUCCAUAGCUAAGGCCUCACUGCUUUGUUAGGAAUGGUUAUAUUUGCAAUUAGAUGUUUUUCUUUCUUUCUUUCUUUCUUUCAUUUUUAUCCUUUUGAUUUCCUUGUAAAGUAUAAAAGGGGUUAGGGAUAUUGUAGUGUCUGGUGGGCCUUAACCACACAAGUAUCAUUGAAAUGAGAAUGAAUGCUCGGUUGCUUAUA